ACACUUCCUGCUUGUCCUCUUUUCCUCCCUUUGGGAGACGCAUGCGCAGGCUGGUGUUCUCCCCAGUUUCCCAGAGUACUCAGCGCGGUGAAGAAGCGUCGGUCGCGGGCUGGAGGCAUUUUGUGUCCUGGAUAUCGGCAGCGAGAAAGAAAGCGAGCGAGCGACAGACAGACAAGAUGGCGGCGGCCGAGUGAAGCGCCAGUUGGUGGCGGCGGACGGACGGACUCGCUUGGGCUUUCUUUUCCCUCCCUCCCCUGCCCCGAAAGCGCCUGUUCCUGAGAAGGGAAAAGCGCGCUGACAGCCGGGAAAGUGCGUGGGACGUCCACUAUCCAGAGAGGCCUAGCGCGAGCAAAGCCGCCGAGACCAAAGCCCUCCCCUCUUCGCCCUCCCCUGCCCCGUCCCUGGCCGUGGUCGAGCAGGAGCUCCCCGAAGAAGAACUCGCAGGCUCUCAGCUUGGGAAUAACCCCCCUCCCCCACCCCCUCUGUCGCCAUGGCAAGCAGCAGCGGCUCCAAGGCCGAGUUCAUUGUCGGGAACAAAUACAAGCUGGUGCGGAAGAUUGGUUCGGGCUCCUUCGGGGACAUAUACUUGGCCAUCAAUAUCACCAAUGGGGAGGAAGUAGCUGUGAAGUUAGAGUCACAGAAGGCCAGGCAUCCCCAGCUGUUAUAUGAAAGCAAACUAUACAAGAUUCUGCAAGGGGGAGUUGGCAUCCCUCACAUAAGGUGGUAUGGUCAAGAAAAAGAUUACAAUGUUCUAGUCAUGGAUCUUCUUGGACCCAGUCUUGAAGAUCUCUUCAACUUUUGUUCUCGGAGGUUCACAAUGAAAACAGUACUUAUGUUAGCAGACCAGAUGAUCAGUAGAAUUGAAUAUGUGCAUACAAAGAAUUUUAUACACAGAGACAUUAAACCAGAUAACUUUCUAAUGGGUAUCGGGCGUCACUGUAAUAAGUGUUUAGAAUCUCCAGUGGGGAAGAGGAAAAGAAGCAUGACUGUUAGUACUUCUCAGGACCCAUCUUUCUCAGGAUUAAACCAGUUAUUCCUUAUUGACUUUGGGUUGGCCAAAAAGUACCGGGACAACAGAACAAGGCAACACAUACCAUAUAGAGAAGAUAAAAAUCUCACUGGUACAGCUAGAUAUGCAAGCAUUAAUGCACAUCUUGGCAUUGAACAGAGUCGUCGUGAUGACAUGGAGUCACUAGGAUAUGUAUUGAUGUACUUUAACAGAACCAGCCUGCCGUGGCAAGGAUUAAAGGCUGCAACAAAGAAGCAGAAAUAUGAAAAGAUUAGUGAAAAGAAGAUGUCUACUCCUGUUGAAGUUUUGUGUAAGGGAUUUCCUGCAGAAUUUGCAAUGUACCUGAACUACUGCCGUGGCCUGCGCUUUGAAGAAGCUCCUGAUUAUAUGUAUCUGAGGCAGCUAUUCCGUAUCCUUUUCAGGACCCUGAAUCAUCAAUACGACUACACAUUUGACUGGACAAUGUUAAAGCAGAAAGCCGCACAGCAGGCAGCCUCUUCCAGUGGGCAGGGGCAGCAAACCCAAACCCCCACAGGCAAGCAAACUGACAAAUCCAAGAAUAACAUGAAAGGUUUUUGAGCAUGAAGAAGAGAACAGAUGAGGCAGAGCAGAAUGGAACAGGAUGUAUCACCUCCCAAAUCCUAGAAAUUUUAGUUCAUAAACACACAUACCAGUGGUUGUGGGCAACCAUCUACUUGAUGUAAAGAACUUGCUUUCAGUAUAAACUGGCUCUGGGCAGCACCAUUGAUGCUGCAUCUCUGAGUUGUAGCAGCUGUAAUUGUGAAUAUUACUGAGAUAGUUGAACAUGGUGUCCAGUUUUCUAUUGCAUUUUUUCAAGUGGAAAAAUUAACGGAGUGGUUGACACAAGUGGUGGAGAGAAUUGUGCAUAUGCCAAUUUUUGUAACCUUUUUACUUUGAACUACACUGCUUAUGAAAUCUCAUUAUUUUGGAAGAAUGGCAUGAACAAGUCUUCAGAACUAUUGCGAUAAUUGUAAAUGCUCACAAUUGUGCACUCCUUCUGGGUAUUCCUCCCUGGUUCUGAAAGUUGUACACUUAAAACAUUCUUAAAAUUGCUGGUGACUUGAGUGGCGUAACAAGCCAGCUAUUGUGGUAGUAACCAAAGAUUCCAGUUUUAAGCAUAUGAAAGACUCUGCCUGCUUACCUGUGCUUAGAAAUAACAGCAUCUAAAGUGACGACUUAAGAGAAAUUUAGCGACUACUAGAUUAUCUUUAGGACUUUGCAUUAACUCUAUAAUGUUCUUGGUAUAAAAGGAGAAACAGCAUAUUUGUCACAAAUUUAGUUAACAUCCUCCAACUGAUACUGUAUGUAAGUUGCUUAGAUAAAUGUAAUCACUGUAAACAUCUAGAUGAUCCAGGAUUUUGUUUUUAUUUUGAAAUGGGAGCUUUUUUGUUAACAAGUUCGUUAAAAACUAAACUGUUCCUGUAAGGAAUUUUUUUUUAAUUUGCCUUGAUAAUUUGCAAACUAAAUUAGACACCACCCUUUUUUUAAAUGGCAGUUACAAGACCAUUUGUUAAAGCAACAGUCCUGUUUCUUAAUCAUUUUAGAUCUAGUGUUGUAACUCUUCCUCACUUUUGUUUUUAAAUAAAUUUUGUAUUUGUUUUCCUGAUGGGGAGGGGCACUCUUGCAUUUUUAUAAUUGGUUGCAUUGAUACCCAGCCCACUGUAACAAGAGAUCAAAUGAAAAUAAAGGCAUCUUUUCAGACCCAUUGCAACAGCUUACAAGUCCCACCACAGCCUUUCAUUGGCUAGACUCUUGUUUAUUCAUUUUUUUAAAAAAAUGCAGAUUUAAAAUGAAAGUAUGUGAAGGGCAUUAAAAAGGAAGAAUUUUCUUUCAAGUUUUUGUGACACAAAUAUGACAGAUUUACUCUUGGUCUCAGGCAGCCUCUCACAUUGGUUACUGGUUACUGCCUUAGGCUAUCUUUUCUCCAAUCCAGCUGAAAAAUAUUCUUACUGCUGGUGAUUCAUAUAACAGUGUAACUUAUUCCUUUAUAGCAUGUCAGAAUAAAUUUUAAAAGUUGUCUGAAAAUGCUGCCAGAUGCCUAUUGUGUACAUGGUUUUUAUGACUUUCAGACCUCCUGUGUUUAUCAGGUAUGUUCCAUUCCAUAUUUUAAUAUGAGACAUUGAAGCUCCCUUAACUGCUUUUUCCACAAAGUGAAUAUUUAUAUUUUACAGUAUUGUCAUUCAAGCAUGGAUAUUUACAGGACAUUGUCAAGAUACGGAGUGUACAAAUAAGGACCAUUUGGAUAUGUUUUGUGCAGUUUUGCUCAGGUGUUUUUCAUUCUUGGAGGUGCACUGCACUGGGUCUUAGAAGUUUUCCAAAACUCAUUCAGGUUUUGUAAUUCUUAUGAAUGUGAGCUUCUGCAGUAACUGAAACUGUACAAAUGAUGGUGAAGAGUCGAUAUUUUGGAGACCAUGGGUUGCUUACAUAUGCAGUUCAGUCAUGCUAAUGGAAAAUGAGGAACAAGUGGGAGAGUAGGAGGAGAGUUUUAAGGGGACAACUAUUCUUUGCAAAUAUAUCCACUACGUAAAAGCAGAACUUCACAUUUUUAUAGUAGCUAAGUUCCUGUUCAGGGAGAACAUGCUUAGCUUGUUAAGAUGUUAAAUAAACAUUUCAUUGUCAACAUGAAAUAUCAGCAUAGCAUACAAAACCAGAUUGGUUAAAUUGACAAAAUGUUUCCUGCUUGUGGAUCUCGCACUGAUGAAUUUCUAACUUGAAAAUGAUCAGGUGAAUUAGUAGUUUGAUAAGAUUAAGGAACUUUUAAGUUAUAUUGAUCAAAACAAUAGUUCUGAAGGGAUGAGGGAGGAAAAGGUACCUAUUCCAAAAUAGUGUCUGUAAAUUUUUUGGCAGGCUAUCUCUUAGCUAUUUGUUCUCAAUAUGAGGAGUUUUAAUAACAUCUAGAUUUACAAUAAGAGUUAAUUAAAAAUUAAUAACAUUUAAGGGGAAUGUCUGAUUUAAUGGCUCAAUGUAGCUUUACUUUUGUUCCUUUUACUGAAUAUACCAAACAAUCAAGUAUGUUAAUAAAACUUUAUUUAGAGAGCUAAUGCUGGUUCUCUAAUUGCUAAUCAAGUGGCUAGUUGUCUUUAAUCAAGAUCAGUAAAUAUUGAAUGUAGAGAAUAACAUUCAAAACACUGGCUUGUGUUUUAGUUAUGAUUUCUUUCUACAUACUAGAAAUGGACUGAU